AUGGAAGUGCGCAAUAAGAAGAUCCUGAAAUGGUUAAACAGGAUGAAUGCUGACUCCAACAAUCGUGGCAAAUGGAAGUAUUGUCACUUCCAUUGUGACCAUGGCCAUACCACUGCCGACUGCUUUGAUCUCAAAGAUGAGAUUAAAUCACUCAUCUGCAAUGGACACUUACGAGAAUAUAUCUAUAAGAAAAUGGAUGAUCAACCAGAUCAGAUGAGCGAGCAACAAAACAACAGGAACAACGAAGCGACGGUCGAUAUCCACAUUAUAUUCAAAGGAAUUGCUGGAGGCGAGGACUCAAAUAGAGCUCCUAGAGCUCAUGCCAGGAGCAUAAGUAGCUCAGAACAUCACAUCAACCUCACCAACAGAGCCUUAAAAGAACAGAAGAUGGUUCCCUGUGACUUAACAUUCACCGAAGAGGACGCACGUGGAGUCCACCACCCUCAAACGAUGCCCUAG